UUAAGUAACGCACAAGCCAAAGCCUUCUGAUCGAAUAUUAAACAAACAAAUCCUUCUUUUUUAAGAGGCGGACACAAACCCUAACCACCAACCUUCUCCGUCGUCAAAUUCCCCGGCGAAGAUGAAACGAAUUGUUCGAAUUUCAUUCACAGACACGGAAGCAACCGAUUCUUCAAGCAGCGAAGACGAAUCACCACCGUCACGCCGUCGAGGUAAGAAGCUAGUCAAGGAAAUCGUAAUCGAUCCUUCUGAUCCCCCGGAGGUCGGAAAAACUCGGUUUAAAAUCAGGAUUCCGGCGAGGUUUCUUGCUCCGAAGACUACAACGAAUAAGAAGAAGUUCCGUGGCGUGAGGCAGAGACCAUGGGGAAAGUGGGCGGCUGAAAUUAGAUGUGGUAGAAGAGCUCACGGCGGUGGUAAAGGAAGACCUGAACGUGUUUGGCUUGGGACUUUUGAAACAGCUGAAGAAGCUGCUCUUGCUUAUGAUAACGCUGCGAUUCAGCUUAUUGGACCUGAUGCUCCGACUAAUUUUGGCCGUCCUGAUGUUGAUUCUCCGGUGGUGAAGCAAGAUUCUGAUGCUGGUGGUGGUGCCUCUGCAGCUUCUGGUGAAGAUGUUUGAUUUUCUUGGUUUUAACUAACUUGCAAGAUUCUUGAUUUUUUCAAAAAUUGUAUAUUGUCAUCUGGUGAUGUGUUCUCUCUUCAUUGAGUAGAAUUGGGAAUUAACUAUUGCUUCAAAUUUCCAUAUUGUUUUGUUACCUUAAUUGUUCUACAAAUUGGCUAUGGUUCAAUCUCAGUUUCUCUGUUACAGGUUGAAGAUCCUCUUGCAAUUUGGCUCAUGUCUUGAGCUCAUAAUCAAUGAUAGUGGCUUCGAUGUGUUCAUGAGCGUUUCUUGAUAAACCUGACUUUGCUCG